UGCCUCGACCAUCCACUCCAUGAUUAUGUUUAUUCUACGUAACCUCAGGCACCAACUGCGGGAUAUCUAAGCUAAUGCGGAUCCGCUAUUACGGGUGGUCUCCCAGCAACCAUUUUUCCCAUCAACUGACCAUGUUUACAUAGUAUCGUGAGGGUUCGAACUCGACAGCAACAGUCUCUUCCUCAACUAUUCGCUUUUCUGCAUCCACCGUCGCGAGCGGCGACUCUCUUUUCAAAUUUCGCGUUGAGCGUGAUGGAUCUGGCUAUCUUACGGUUAGGUUUAUAUGUAUUUUUGCUUUUACUUUCCCUUAUUUUAUUCUCAUUAUCUGCUGCACGGUUGCAGUAUACGCUCCAUUUGCCUCCGGGAGAUCCCCUCAAUAAAGGUGUCAACUUCUACGAUCCUGCGAUCAUUGAGUUGCUUGUCGCAUCUUUGUUCAGCUUGGGAUGGUGUAUUUUCAUCAUCUACCUGUACUUUAGAACGACAGGAAACCCCAUCAUACGGACCUACCGCGAAGAACUAGUAGUUUUGGGUAUCUUGUGGUUGUUACUCUUGGGCGGAUCUGCCGCUGCAUCCAACAUCUGGGCAGUAGUUGCAUUUUGUCAACAGUUCCAAGCUUGUCAAAUUCUGUCUGCGGUGCUUGGCAUUUGUUGGACGGCUUUUGUGGUGUUGACAGCAAUUAUUGGGGUAGAUGUGAAGCUGAUCCGCGAUCAUGGAGGGUUAAAUGUUCCACUUGCGAGGAGUCGAUCUCUGAAAGAGUCUUUGGGGCGAGAAGGCUCAGAAGUUUGAGUUAGGAUACCCACGGAAUUUUUUCUGUAUUCACGAAAUUCGUCGUUUUACACCCGCUCUCUCGUGUAUUCUAUUCUUCAACCUGAGAUCGUCACCGUGGCAGACAAUUUCUCCUCUACCCAGAUCGUCUUCCCCAAGUCUCCCAAUAAUAAUCCUAGAUAGAUGCCCAAAGAGAGGGUAAUAAGUGUUCGAGUUAAUUUAGAACGGUAUGUAUUGAGAUCGAGUCUUGAGUUCUGCUUCGUAGCGUUCGUGGGGCGAAG